AUGAGUGCGAUACGGUACGCCUUCGUCCCUAUGGACGACGAAGAAGUCGGUCCCCAGAAGGUCGAGAACAGCAAGUCUAAACACCGGCGUAAAGACGGCAGCGGACGCUCCGGUUCUCGUCGCGACGAUCAUCACAAGUCACAUCGCGCUCGGAGUCGUAGUCGUAGUCGCAGCCGCUCGCCUGCACGAGACGCGAGCAAGCACAAAUCGAAGAUGAUCAGGAAGCGCAGGAAGGACGAUUUCGACGAUCGAUGGGGCGACGAGGAGCCAGGCACCGAGCCCGAAGCGGAGCCCUCGCUCGACGGCCGCGACGAGGAACCGGAAUUCCAGGAGUCGGCCCCCAAACGUGUAAAAAUAAGCCAUGCGGGUCGUGAUGGGGAAGACGACGGUGCCGAAUCCGAUACGGCGCGUGACAUCGCCGAAAGAGAGGCCUUCUCCAAGCGCCUCAAGGAACGGGACGAGGGCAAGUCGAAAACCAAAGGCAAAGCUGAGACGGAACGCCAGCGUCUAGCCGAUGAGAUCGCCUCGAAUCGAGCCGCAAUGCCGGACCUGCGUGAGCGCUCUCGGCAAGACUACCUGAAAAAGAGGGAAGCGGAGCAGCUAGCGCUGCUGCGGAAACAGGUCGCCGAAGAGACUGCCGAACUUAGUAGCGGUGUGCGGCUCACGGAGCGGGAGGUGGCCGAGUUUGCGAAGAACCGAGAAGUUCUCCGACUGGCCGAGGAACGAUUGCGAAUUGACGACCAUCGCGACGGUUAUUAUAUGCCGGAGGAUUACAUCACAGAGAAGGGCAAGAUCGAUAAGAAGCGGAAAGAGGAGGCGUUGUACAAGCGAUAUGUCGAAAGGGACGAAUACGGGCAGGAGAAGUUCGUCACGGAGCACGAGGAGUGGGAGAGGGAGCAGACGCAAAAAGCAAAGGCUCAGAUCAACAGGGCCGAGAGGCAAUACGAAGGGGACUACGUGCCCGUUCUCGACCCGGAGCACUAUAUCCAGUGGAACUUGGGGUCAACGCUGGCAGGCGAAGGGAAGACGUUGACCAAGGAGCAGAGAUUUCUGGAGGCUCAGAUCGAGGCCGCUGAAAAGAAGGCCCUAUCUAUCCAGGAGACUCGAAAGAGUCUGCCCAUCUACAAGUACCGGGACGACUUCAUCGCGGCUAUCGAGCAGUAUCAAAUAUUGGUUCUCGUCGGCGAGACGGGCAGCGGAAAGACUACACAAUUGCCGCAGUACCUGCACGAGGCCGGCUACACCAAAAACGGCCUCAAGAUUGGCUGCACCCAACCCCGCAGAGUCGCAGCUAUGAGUGUCGCUGCCCGCGUCGCCGAAGAGAUGGGAGUCAAGGUCGGGAACGAAGUCGGGUACUCCAUUCGAUUCGAGGACGCGACUAGCGACAAGACUAUCUUGAAAUACAUGACCGACGGUAUGUUACUCAGAGAGUUCAUGACCGAACCAGACCUCUCAGGCUACUCAGCCUUGAUGAUCGACGAGGCCCACGAGCGCACCGUCCACACAGAUAUCCUGCUAGCCUUGGUGAAGGACCUGGCCAGGGAACGACCAGAUCUCAAAUUACUCAUCUCUUCAGCUACCAUGAACGCCGAAAAGUUCGCAAAAUACUUUGACGAUGCUCCCAUCUUUAACGUCCCGGGGCGAAGGUAUCCCGUCGAUAUUUACUAUACCCCGGCGCCAGAAGCGAACUACUUGACGGCGGCCAUUACCACGAUCUUCCAGAUCCAUACAACGCAAGGGAAGGGAGAUAUCCUAUCUGCCGAACUGCAAUUAACCGAAACCGCGAAGAAACUCGGGAAUCGCGUAAAGGAGUUGAUCGUCUGCCCUAUUUACGCCAACCUCCCUUCGGAUUUGCAGUCCAAGAUCUUCGAGCCUACCCCCGAAGGUGCUCGCAAGGUCGUGCUAGCUACCAAUAUCGCGGAGACUAGUCUAACUAUCGACGGUAUCACUUACGUGAUCGAUCCGGGAUACGUCAAAGAGAACGUAUAUACCCCGGCGACAGGCAUGUCGAACCUCGUAGUCGUGCCCGGGCGUGCCGGUCGUGUUGGCCCCGGUAAAUGCUUCCGCCUCUAUACGAGAUUUGCUUACAUGAACGAGAUGGAAGAGUCUACCACGCCCGAGAUCCAGAGGACCAACCUCAACAGCGUCCUGCUCGAGUUCGAAUUUAUGGAUCCACCCCCGAACGAAUCUCUGAUCGGGGCCCUGAAUCAGCUUUUCGCGCUGCAGGCCCUGAAUCAUAAGGGCGAGCUCACCAAGGUCGGCAGGCAGAUGGCGGAAUUCCCAACGGAUCCGAUGCUCGCAAAAGCCGUCCUCGCGGCGGACAAGUACAAGUGCGUCGAGGAGGCCUCGGCGCUCUUCUUCCGGCCGAAGGACAAGAAGAUCCACGCGGACAGCGCGCGGAACCGGUUCACGGUGAAGGAGGGCGGCGACCACCUGACGCUGCUCAACAUCUGGAACCAGUGGGUCGAAAGCGACUUCUCGCCGAUCUGGGCGCGGGAGAACUUCCUGCAGCAGCGGUCGCUGACGCGGGCGCGGGACCGGGUGGAGGUGGCGCCGUCGACGUGCGGGGCGGCGAACACGGAGCCGAUCAAGAAGGCGCUGACGGCGGGCUUCUUCCCGAACGCGGCGCGGCUGCAGCGCGGCGGGGACAGCUACCGGACGGUGAAGAACAACACGACGGUGUAUAUCCACCCGAGCUCGGUGCUGAUGGGGGCGGACCCGCCGGAGCGGAUGGUGAUCUACUACGAGCUCGUGCAGACGACCAAGGAAUACAUGCGCAGCUGCAUGCCGAUCCGGCCCGAGAAGAAGGACAUGGAGGCGCUCGAGCGGCGGAAGAUGCCGAAGCAGCAGAAGUGA